AUGGCUAAUGCAAUUAAUGAAGUUUGCAAGUUACCUACUAAAAAUCUUAUCGACCCAACAGGAUUUGAUGUUACGAUGAGUGCUAUAUUGAUCGGUUUAGGUGCUGAAAAAUAUGUUGAAAUUUUUAGAAAACAAAAUAUUGGGCAACUAACUUUAAUGGAAUUAUCAGAUGAAGAUUUUGUUAAAUUAGGAGUAGAUGAUCCAAAAAUUAGAAUGAGUUUGAUAGAAGAAGUUAAAAAUUUACCAAUAUAUGAUGAAAAACAACCAGUACUUACUUCAAAUUUAGACCUCUUGGAAAUUAUAGAUGUUUUAGAAGAAAAUACUCAACACCUGUACAGAAUUUAUUUGAGUAUGAUGACAAACUCCUUAGCCUUAAAAAAGAAAAAAGUUGAAGACUGUUUAUUAUGCAAAGAUAAAUAUGCAUCUAAUAUUGCGAUUGCUACUCUAAGUAAUAUGAACAAUAUACUAAAUUCAAUGGACAUUGCUUUGCACACACAAGUUAAGAUGUUAUCAAAAAAUUCAAAAAGCACGAAAACUAAAAAAAUCAUUGUUGGGACAUUAGGUAGUGCUGUUGUAGCUGGAAUAGCUGUUUUAUUUGUUCGUUCCUUAAGAAAUAUU